AUGAUUCACAAGCAUGCCUUUGAAGCUUUGGAUAGAUCUUUGAAGGAUAUAUUGGGUUGUCAUCUUCGUAACAACACAAAAUUGCCACUUGGAGGAAAAGCAAUUGUUUUUGGAGGUGAUUUCAAACGAAUUCUACAUGUUGUUCCUAAUGGAAGUAGACAAGACAUCGUCAAUGCUACAAUAAGUUCCUCCUAUAAUUGGUCAAAUUUCAAGGUCUUAAUAUUAACAAAAAAAAUGAGGUUAAGUCUUCAAACAUCUAAUAUUGAAGAAACAACCACAUUUGCAAACUGGAUUUUGAACAUAGGUGAAGGAAAGGUUGGUGGUUUAAACGAUGGCGAGGCAAUUAUUGAUAUACCAGAUGAUAUUCUCAUUACAGAUUCAUCGGAUCCUAUUGGUUCAUUAAUUACAUUUGUCUAUCCUUCUAUUGUUGAAAAUGCCAAUAAUCCGAUGUCUUUUCAAGAAAGAGCAAUCCUUGCAUCGAAAAAUGAAGUUGUUCAAGAAAUAAAUAAUCGUUUGUUAUCAUUAUUUCUUGGAGAUAAAAAAGAAUACUUAAGUUCAGAUAGUCUUUGUCAUUCAGAUUUUGUACACGAUGACUUUGACGAAUCUUUAUACUCUCCUGAUGUUCUAAAUGGACUUAGACCUUCAUGUAUGCCAAUUCAUAAAUUGGUAAUAAAAGUUGGUGUUCCGGUUAUGUUAUUGAAGAAUAUUGACCAGAAACACGGUUUGUGUAAUGGAACAAGGCUGCGAGUUAUAGCAUUGGGUAAGCGUGUUACAGAACCAGAGAUAAUUUAUGGAAGUCAUAUAGGAAAACAUACGUUUAUUCCAAACAUGUCACUAACCCUGUCGGAUAAAAAGAUUCCUUUCACCUUUUAG